UACGUGGACGACAUUCAUCGGGGAGACGUCGAACAGUUUCCUAUUAGAUUUUAUUUAGUUUAAGAUAUAAAGGUCACAAAGAAGUUAGCAAAAUGGUCACAAAAUACGUUAUUGCCCUUUUUACCCUCUGCUCUAUGAGCGGAGCAUUAGCCCAAAGCUGCCAAAACCCUCAAGUCGAGGCAGCUUCGUUCACAAGUUUAGAUGCGACCGUGGUGACACAAAUAGCGUAUAUCACGGAGUUUACGCUGAAGUGUGACAAUCCUCUGCCUCCGAACUACGCUCUGUAUGCUGAGGUUGAGGGUAAACCGCUGACUGCUGCCCGUAUCGGAGAGAACAAAUACCAGGUCUCGUGGACCGAGGAGCCCGCUCGCGCCCGAUCCGGCACGCACGAAGUCCGAGUGUUGGACGAGGAAGGCUGGGCCUCGCUGCGUCGCGCUCGCCGCGCCGACCCCGCCGCCAUCGUGCCCCCGCUACUGGCUGUCCAGUUGUCCCACCCUGGCAGUUACUCCGGCCCUUGGGUGAACUCCGAGGUGCUCGCUACUGCUCUGUCGGUGCUGGUGGCCUACACAGCUCUCCGCAACAAGAGCAGAAUCCUUGCUUAAAUGUUAUUUAUUUUUAUAUUUAAUAAAUCUUUUCUAAU